AUGGAUAAGAGGAAAGAUGCUGUUAAGAAGGCCAUUGCAGCAAUGACUGUUGGAAAGGACGUUUCAUCACUUUUCACUGAUGUAGUCAAUUGCAUGCAAACGGAGAAUCUGGAGCACACCGUGAGAGAUAUGUUUACUUUCAGUGAUAUGUUUACUUCUUGCAAUGGAUGCAUGGUUAGAAGAACAACUGUUUUUUACAGGACAGAGCAGAGCUGUUGA